AUGCGUCCCGCGAGCAGCGCUGCCGUACUUCUCCUGGCCACGCUCUGCCUCGCCGCGCCCGCCAACCCCGCCGCGACGGCCCAGGACCUCUCCCUCGACCCGCCCUCCUCGAACGAUCUCUACCGCUACGACAACAAGGUCCUCCUGUUCCGCCACGGCGAGAAGAAGAGCGACUCGAGCAUUGGGCUGAGCCUGAAGGGGAAGAAGCGCGCCAAGUGCUUGCGCAGCCUCCUCGGCCGCGAUAGCAAGCACAACGUCGGCUUGAUCCUCGCGGAAAAGUACAACAAGGAGACGGGCAAGCGCCGCAGGCCGUACGAGACAGUCAAGGGCCUCGCGCACGACUUGGGCCUCGAGGUGGACGUGAGCUGCGAGGUGGACGAUGUGGACUGCGUUGCGAGGAGGAUUGAGAAGUAUGCGAAGAGCGGAGGGAAGGGCGAGGUCGUGAUUUGCUGGAAACACUCGAUGCUGCACAAGAUUGCCCGCGCUCUCGGCGCCGACGACACCUCGCCGUACCCGGACGACCGCUACGACAUCAUCUGGACACUCACGCACCGCCGUAUUGUCAAGAAAGAACCCGAGCGCUGCCCGGGCCUUGAUCCGCAGAAGGAGCGCAAGAACGACCCAGACCUCGAGAUUGAUCGCGAGACGGACGAGCUGGAGGAGUACUUGGCGGACUUGGCAAUGGCCGACAGGGCGCAGGUCACGUUUGGCGCACUCGACGAGUUGGACUGA